UAUCUGAAAAUACUUCACUAAUAGACUUAAGUGGAACAUGGUGCUGUGGAAAAACAUAUCCUAUAAUCUACUGCUGCCCUUCCGGAACUUGACGACACAAGAACGGGUCCUUCAGUGUAUCCGACUAUUCUGUGCCCUUUCCGUGGUUGCAUAUUGUUUAGCUUGUGUACUAGCACCACUAUUCAAUAAAUCAACAUAUAUUGCCAGGAUAAACUGCUCGCAAUUAGAUGUAUCACAUGGGUUUUUUCAGUUACUUAGACAAUCAGUUGCCGCAAACUCGCCUGAUUUUCUGGAUCAAGAUACUGAUGAUGAAGGAGAUUUUAACAUUGACAGCGGAAUUGCUGGUGAUACCUUUUCCAACUCGGAAAUUGCUCUUUUGAGUCAAUAUGCCAAGAAAAAAGUAGCUGGUGCACCUCAGUACAUAAUUGUGACAUUAUGGAGUUGGUGCUCUGGGAAUAAUCAAUCUACAACCCCUCCCUCUACAGAAAAUACAUCGAAAAUUAUCAACUAUAAGGAUGUUCUAACGUGUCACAAGCUGAAGGAUGUGUUUAAUUAUCUCCAAGAAUUAGAAGAUAUCGGUUUAGGUGCAAUAUUGGCGUAUGCAUAUAAUACCAAUGACUAUUCUACUAACAAAUAUUUGGAUAAAAUGGAAGCUCGCCAUACUCGUUUCAAACUUGUUAUUCCAGCUAUCGUAUUUACCUGUAUUUCGCAAUUUGUACUUUUAUUCAUGAUGUUGGUUAUAUAUACCAAUCGAGGUGGCGAACCUGAUUUAUCCAAGAUACCAUCGUGGAUUCUUCAUUGCAUGGCAUGUAUCUCAUUGGCAUCAUUUAUUAGUGUAUUUGUCUGUUCGGUGGUAAUUACAAGCUUGCUUGCCAACACUCGUCGAGAAAUAUCUGGGUCGUUGGCAUCUUUUGGGAUAACAUUCCAUUUUGGGCCUACUUGGAUAACAUUGCUCUAUCUUGGUGUUGCGUUUGCCUUGAUUUCAAUGUGUGCAUGGGUACUUCCUAUGUGGUGUGCCAAUCCUGAAGCACAUGAAGAAGAAGUGUUUAAGUUUAUCCUGCUGAAAGAAAACUUGGUUCUUGAAAAGCCAAGGAAACAAAGAAAGAACUGGAGGCUUGCAGGCAUAAGAAUCGGUACUAACCCUGAUCACGAAAAUCUCAAUUCGGAAACUCACCAUGAUACUCGUCCAGCUUUACCGGUGAAGGAACAGGAAGUGAAACAAGAGCAGGAGUUGCGGAAAUUGGGUCAAUCGAUUUCAAAAAGACCUUCUGUUAGACAGACUGUUCCUAGAUGCGUGAGAGUUAGUAAUCCGUUUGUGGCAAGUGGUGCUUAUCAAGAGGAAGUUUAUGAUGGGUAUGCUAGUUCAGGACCACCAGCUGUUGUGGAAGAUAUGGGAAGAACUGGUUCUUUAAAGAAUCCGUUUGCGGAUGAACAACCAAGUCUCAAUGGUAGACCAUUUUCUUUUUUGGCUGAUGAGGAAAUGCAACUUUUGGAUAAUCUGAUGUUUGGGAUAGAUAAAAAGGUAUAAAUGGGGGGGGGUUUUACAGAUUGAUUUUUUUUUUUUGUUUAGAUUUUAGUUUCUAAUACAUACAGUUUAU